AUGGCAGCUCAGGUUCCCACCGACGCUCUCAAAGGGCUCCAAGUGACCGAAAGCGCCAAGGCCAACGGCAAAGGCGCAAAGCCCGCGCCCAACGGCGACGAGGACGGCCUCGGCGAGGAAUCCGACGAUGACGAUGCAGACGACAACGCCGCCGCCGACAGUGCUGCCGCCGGCGGUGCGGCCAAGAAGAAGAAGAAGAGAAAGCCGCGCAAGAAGAAGAAGAACCCCACAGCCCAGACGGAGCCGCCCCGCGUAAAGGUCAGCCAGCUGUUCCCCAACGGCAGCUAUCCCAAGGGCGAGGAGGUCGAGUACAAGGACGAGAACCGAUACCGGACGACCAACGAGGAGAAGCGCCACCUGGACAACAUGAACAGCGACUUCCUCACCGACUACCGCGAGGCGGCCGAGAUCCACCGCCAGGUCCGGCAGUACACGAAAAAGGUGGUCAAGCCCGGGCAGACGCUGACGGAGAUUGCUGAGACCAUCGAGGACGGCGUGCGGGCGCUGACUGGCCACGACGGCCUGGCCGAGGGCGACGCGCUGAAGGCCGGCAUGGGCUUCCCCUGCGGCCUCAGCCUCAACCACUGCGCCGCCCACUACACGCCCAACGCGGGCAACAAGAUGGUGCUGCAGCAAGACGACGUCAUGAAGGUCGACUUUGGCGUCCACGUCAACGGGCGCAUCGUCGACUCGGCCUUUACCGUCGCCUUUGAGCACAAGUACGACAACCUCCUGCAGGCUGUCAAGGAGGCCACCAACGCCGGCAUCCGUGAGGCCGGCAUCGACGCGCGCGUGGGCGAGAUUGGCGGCGUCAUCCAGGAGACCAUGGAGAGCUUCGAGGUGGAGAUUGACGGCGCGACGUACCCGGUCAAGAGCAUCCGCAACCUGACGGGCCACACGAUCCUGCCGUACAGCAUCCACGGCACCAAGGCAGUGCCGAUUGUCAAGAGCAACGACCAGACCAAGAUGGAGGAGGGCGACGUGUUUGCCAUUGAGACGUUUGGCAGCACGGGCAACGGCUACGUCAGGGACGACAUGGAGGUCUCCCACUACGCCAAGAACAGCGACGUGCAACACGUGGACCUGCGCCUGAGCUCGGCCAAGUCGCUGCUCAGCGUCAUCAACAAGAACUUUGGCACCCUGCCCUUUUGCCGCCGGUACCUGGACCGUCUCGGCCAGGAAAAGUACCUGCUGGGCUUGAACAACCUUGUUCAGAACGGCAUUGUCGAGGCGUACCCGCCCUUGUGUGACAAGAAGGGCUCGUACACUGCUCAAUUUGAGCAUACGAUCCUCAUUCGACCGACCGUAAAGGAGGUCAUUAGCCGCGGCGACGACUACUAG